GAUAGUUGUCCAAUAAAAAUAAAGACAGCCUCUAGUCAAAUUUGCAUGCCGAUUCUAUAAAUAAGGGACAGAAAACUGAGCAGCGCGUACGCAUAGCAUUCCCCAUCGAUCUCGAGACAGUAGUGCUUGAAAACCAAAACAAUGCCUGAGCCUGCGAAAUCAGCCCCAGCUCCCAAAAAGGGAUCCAAAAAGGCUGUCACCAAGACACAGAAGAAAGGUGACAAGAAAAGGCGUAAGACCAGGAAAGAGAGUUACGCCAUUUACGUGUACAAAGUGCUGAAACAGGUCCACCCGGACACUGGCAUUUCAUCCAAGGCGAUGGGUAUCAUGAACUCGUUUGUAAACGACAUCUUCGAGCGCAUCGCCGGGGAAGCGUCGCGCCUCGCGCACUACAACAAACGCUCCACGAUCACAUCCCGCGAGAUACAGACAGCCGUGCGUUUGCUGCUGCCGGGAGAGCUGGCCAAACACGCUGUGUCCGAGGGCACGAAGGCUGUGACCAAAUACACCAGCUCCAAGUGAAAGCGGGCCGACGAGAUGCACUGAAAAAUAGAGUCUGCGGUCUUCCGGACUCGGUCUGUCCUCGGGGGGUGGAGGAGGAGAAUCAUCCACUGUUGUUUGAUAUCCGCAUGUCAGUCCGGCACCUCUGGUACAUAUUGAGUGAACUGCAGCUUUGGAGGAGCACAUCGUGCUCUCCAGCUGUAGAGCCAACGUUCACCUGAGGGCGUUCCUCUUCAUUUUUGCACGUGUGUGAGCAUUUGUACUGUCGCCUACAACCAUGGCUUGUCAUUUGUUUACUAAUGUUGCAGUUACAUGAUGGAAAAAGUGGCUUUUACUUUUUGUUUUUGUGGUGUAGUUGCUGUGUUGUGUUCAUAUUAAAAUCAUGUCUAAUGCUUGAAUGUUCAUUCGCAAUUACCCUGUCCAAUAAACUCAUUGGUUAAUUGCAAACACAA